AUUUAUUACAAUAAUUAUGAGUACUCCAAAAGCUUUCAGUAAACCAACUCUUUAAACUCAAAAAUCUUCUAAACCCUCUUUAUUUGCUCCCAAAACGGGUUCUCCACACUCUUCACAACUAAUCAAAAGUAUUCAAUGUUUCAAAUAUCUUAUUAGCCAAACAAUCCAGUAGUAUCCAUAUAAAAACUCCAAUCGUUAAAACAGAGAGAGCAAGGACAUUCAAUUUUAGUGAAGCAGAUUCUAAGCCAGAAUUAAAAAGAUGGGAUGCAGUUGGCAAGAUAGAAAAAUCGAUCAAUAUACUCAGAAAAACUAGAGGACAGAUUGAUUUCUCAUUUCAGAUUAAAGUAGAAGAAAUAAUUAAUGAAAUGAUGACAAUAUGUUGUAUUGAUGAAAAAGUAACAAAAUUGUUUCUGUAAAUCAGAGAAGAACGUGAUUAAAGAAAAUAAUCCUAAUUAAAAACCUUAAAAUUCAUCAAAGGAUAAUAGGAUUAAAUAGAAUAAUUAGUAACAAUUAUUAAUAAUCUUAGGAAAGGAGAUGCUAGGAAUAUUACUGAAAAAUAUAAUCGCUUGUUUAUUUA